AUGAUUCUGCCGAAGUCCGACGAUGAAUCGUCCCUGAGCUACUACACAGCUGAAGGUCCGAUCAUGCACUUGGCUAGACAGGGUAGCACUAAGCAACGACCAGACAGCAUUUUGAGUCUUGGUGUUACUGCUCUUCCAGAUUCGGUCAAUACGCUUGACGGCGUGGCCAAUCCUUUCCUGGAACAGAUUCCUGAACACGAAGGCAACGGAAGAAGAGUCAGCGAAGUUGUCCUUACUCACUCGAUCAGGACAGACAAGCCGUUUGAGCAUCAAGCCGAAUUGCAGGACAUUGAUUCCUGUGAGGGUGGAGAGAUGGAACUAACCAUCGAAACGUCCACCUCCGACACCGGUACCUACACUUCUGAGUGGACGUUCAACGGCGCACCACUGGAUCCCGAUAAAAUGGAAGCCUACCCCCGCAUCGAAGGCAACGCGGCGUACCUCUUUGUGCCGAAGGUGUCUCGAGAGCUCCACGAAGGACGCUACGAGUGCAUUCUCUCUUGGACCUCUGGAAUGCGCGCCAUCUUUCCGUUCGCCGUGCAUGUUCAUGAGCCAGAAGAUGACGUCGCCCCGACAAACGAGUCGAGCAAACUCAACGUCAAGACCGUUAAGAUCACCGAGGCCCCGGUGGCUGAUGAAGAGGAAGGAGGUUUCGAAGAGUCGCAGGAGCUGGAAAUGUCUUCCAUGCCGAUGAGCACGCAACAAGACAAGGAGACGGACACUUCAAGUGCAAUUUCAACUCACACAUUUGCGGAGUCGAAGCACUAUCGAGCAGUGAGGACUAGCAUCAUUGAAAUCCAACACGAACCUCGUGUGGUAGAAGUACCAUCCACGGUUGAUGCUGUGUCAGAGUCUAGAAGCAUAUCAAGUACGGUUAGUCCAGAGGUCGAGAAACACACCUUCAAGACUGUUGAAUUGCUCAUUCAAGAGUAUAUUGAACCGAUUCAGCUGACGGGUACGGCAGGUGAGACUUUGACAAUAACAGCACAUGCCUCCGUCAACAGUACUUCGAGGGUUUGGUGGACUUUGAAUGGCAAAAAGCUCUCAUCCAGUGUCUUUGGAGUACAAAGAAGAGGGUCAGAGGUGGAAUUAUCGACGUCGCAAUUAUUGAAGUCUGAUUCUGGCGAAUAUGCGCUUUGGGUUGACGAUAAAAUGGUGGCAAAUUUCUUCCUUAAUGUCGAAGAGAAGGCGCCGGCGGAAGAUUCUGCUGAUCAACGCAAGAAUAGCACGGUGGAACUGCAGGAGGAAGUAUCUAAAGACGUCGUCCUAGAAUCCAAGGAGGAAUUUAGUGAGGGCGACAAGGAAGAACAUUCGACGGAAACAAAGGGUGAGGUUAUGGAAACAUGUGGGCGCAAACUAUCUUGGGACGCAGACGAUCAAGUCGAGAAAACACAGCCCACGGCUGAAUUGGACGAAAUGAUCGAUAAAGACGACCAACGGAAGAAAGAGUGGAAAGAUGAAAAAGGCGAAGAUGAGAUGAAUAAGAAGGAAUCUAGGGAUGAUCGUUUUGAAGACAAAUCAGACAAAAGAAUUGCAGUUGAAGAAUAUGAAAUUAUCAAGACUGUUGAAGAGCCACUUUGGGACACGGAAACAGAGAACGUCAAGGUAAAAUCUACCACAGAGUCUAAUAAACCUGCACGGAUUUCAGCGGUACCAACUCACAAGUUGGAUGAGACAAGAACACAUGAGGUUCUAGUUGAAGAACCAAAAGAGGCUGAGCAACCUACACCCAAGGAAGAGCCAGUAGACACCAAGUCCACUUCUGACAACGUCGUCAACUUGAUGGUUGGUGACAAGUUCACAAUCGCUGCCGCCGUCCCUCUGGAUGUUCGUCAGCUGAAAAAUGAGAGGCUUUGGUGGACACGCGAUGGACGAGUCUUCAGCGACGUCGACGGACCCAGUCCCCGGGGAGCGAAGUUCACCUCACGAUCCAAACUCAAGCCUCCGAAGUCGACGGAAGUGGAGCUGAUCAAGAAGGAGGGUGCUGAUGUGGACGAUGCAGGAACGUAUAUUUUACAGGGUGAACCGAGAAUCAAACGUGGAUUCAAGCCUCAAAUAACGACGUACGCGACAUUCGUUGUGGCAGUGAAGGAGCCUGUUCAUGAGAUGGAUGGUGAGCAACCUCGGGUAUCUGCAGAAUCCCCUGUUUCGACUAAACCAAAAGUGGAAGAAGAAAUUGAAGUGGAAGCUGCUCCUGUUCCUGAUGAACUGGUCAAGAAUGACGAGAAAUCGAAGGACCAAGCGAACCAUGAAAUGCCUCCAGUGGAUGUGUCAGAACCUGCUGUAGAAUCUUGCAGGGAAGUCGAGACUACUGUUGAAAAGAACGAGGUCGCAGACGAAGUUAGCAAAAGGGAGAAGCGUAAGUCGAAGACGAAGUCUCGUGACACCGGAGAUGGAAGCAAGAAAAAGCACAAAAAGAAGUCUGUGCCGUCAGCUGACGAUGUGGCAUCUGCCGAAACCACAGAAUCGAGACCCAUUGAAACGGUGGAACUUCGGUGCAUUGAGGCUAAUGCUAACAGACGUCUGGGAAACGACAAGAUCCCUAUUCCAGCAGGUGAACCGCUCUGUCUUACUAUCACUGGAAUUCCACCAGAAGUCGCUGCUGUUGAAUGGACCCUGAACGGACAGCCCGUUCGAACAGGGAAGCGAGUUCAGCGUCUCCUAGAGCCAAAUCCCUUAGGUAGACACUACGAAGGUGAACUUAUGGCUCAACUUUACUUGGACACCACUGUUCUGCUUGAUUCCGGUGACUACGAGAUACGUAUAAAGCCAACAGAGAGAUGUCCCAUUACGGCGCACCUGUCGAUCCCCGUGGAUAUCAUCUCGGCGAGGAAGGAGCUAUCUAAACGUCGGCGAAUGGAGAAGGAGGAAGAAGAGAGUGUUCUCCAAGUUCAACCAAACCUCUGUCAGCCUCUGGGAUUCUCGGCUUGCGAGGGUGAACCGCUUAGUCUCGUCGCUGAUCUCAAUGUCCCCCUUGAAAACGUACCUCCAGAAUCUGUCUCGUGGAGUCGAAAUGGCGUUCCACUGUCUCCGGACGACCCGACCACCGCCUUCAGCAUCCAGCAGUCUCCUCAGAAUCGCGAACACACUUCGGUAAUUUUGUCAAAGCCCGCUGUAACUCUAGACGAUGUCGGAUUCUACUCUGUCACGUACAACCCAUUGCCAACUAUAAAAGAGGAACCGUUGGCGGAGGAAGAAGAUGAAGAGGGCUAUGGAAUUGGCUGGGAAGUGGACUUCCCUGAACUCCUGGUCUUCCCAGCGGAUGAGAGACAAAAGAGCACGCUUCCUAGUCCACCUAUUAUUACCAAGGAGCUGCCAAAGGAGAUUCGAGUGUCCGAAGGCGAUACCAUUACCCUGGAUGCCGAAGUUGCUGAGGGUACUACAGAUAUAACCCCUGUCUGGUCUGUUAAUGGACGGCAAAUAGACGCGACAACUACAUCUGAAUACGUCGUUUGGAAUAGUGGGAAUUACUUUGCCCUGAUGAUUCCAGCAGCCAGCAGGCAUCACCUCGGAGUCUACGAUCUCAAGUUGGCGACGUCUCCGCAGGGCGAAGCUACAGUGACGUCGUGCAAGGUGAAGGCCAAGGACGCCUUCGGGACGCGACCUCUUGCCACGCCCCAGAGUGCGAAUUCUGCUGUCGACGGGAUAGCGCCAAUGUUCACCAAGAAAUUGAGCGAUGUUGACUCCUGGUCUGGUGAGGCUGUGAAACUGACCUGUCGCGUCUUCGGUGAUCCCAUUCCGCAUUUCUUCUGGAGCCACAAUGGUGAAAUCUUAGAACCAGACGAACACCGGCGUAUUCGAACUAUGGAUGGCACGUCGACGUUGACUAUUCCAUCAGUGACGCCACAAGACCGUGGGACCUACAUCUGCAGUGCCGUGAACGAGCUUGGCACAACACAAACCACCGCCAACGUCUCUGUCGAUGGAUCAUGUGAAGUAUUCAGUGAAGAUGAGCUCCAAGAAGGACGCACACGGCCUGUGAGAUAUAGCGUGCCGCGGUUAGCUCCAGACGGUCUAAUGUUGGAUAGCGCAACCCCAUCCGAACUGACGAUGCACUGGAACCCGGCAUCGGAAGGACUCGGUGAUGUCACAUACACAAUAGAGAUGUCAAAGGAUAACGGCUACUUCUGGAGCCCCAUUGUCACGGGGCUUAAGACAACGAACGCGACAAUUCCAGACACCAUUGCGUCGCCGCUUCAGCCCCUUCAAUUUCGGGUCCACGUGGAGAACGCCUUCGGCACGGGACCGCCUUCACAGCCAGUACUUAAGAUUCCUGUUCGCGCGACAGUUCCCAACAUGGAUUUGGUCAAACCGACUUUCUCGAACGCGGAUCUAGGGUUCGAGAAGGUUCGCGGAGUGAUUGGAAGAUGGUCGCUUCUGGUCUAA